GAGUCCUGUCAGAAGCCACUGGGACUAAGGUUGUUAUUCUAACAGAGGACAGCCAUGGCAGACUUACCAAGAUGCAGGAGCUGAGCCCAGGAGCUAAAGCCACCAAUCAAACUGUGACACUGAUCUACAGACCAAAGAGUGCCCAACACCCAGACGGCCAUUAUGACGUGCGCAUCAAUAACCAGACAGUAAACAUAGACAGCGAGAGCAAGAGCUGCCUGUUUCACGCUUUGGCACGAGGCAUGAAACCGGAGGCCAGGGAAGAAGAGAUCGCUUUAGAAGCAGACCGCCUCCGAUCUGUGGAGGCCGACACUCUCCUCAGACAUCCAGGCCAAUGGGAGCCUUUCAUCAAGCGCAAAGAGUGGACUGAAGCAAUCAGAGGAGGGGACUGGUACAUGGCAGAGGGAGCUGCACCAGCAAAGAAAAAAAUCAAACUCAUGAAAGAAACUGAGGAAGCUCUUGAGCAAGAAACUGGGCAAGUGAAACUGUACGAAGAGUGGCAGCAGGAUUCAAAGGACAGAAAAGGAAUUGGAAAGUUCAUCAAUGGAGAUCACCAACCACCAGUAAACAGUAUACUGAAAGCAAAUGAAUUGAACCAGAAUAGUAAAUUAGCUACAGCUAUGCUUGAGGUGGCAACAUCCUCUUCUCCUCUGGAUAAAAAGCUUAUAGAGGACGUAUACAACACUCAUGGGCUUGGGCUUCCAACUGUUUAUGUGCCAGAAGAGGUGCAUCGUGAGUUCCCCAGUACAAAAUCUCAAAGAUUCAGGGACUUACUGGCUGAAACCAUAAGCAAGGAUGAUGUUGCGGCCACCUUCAAACUGACCAUCCUUGGUGCAAUGCCCUUAUGUAUGCUGGCUCCAGUAAGAACUACAAUGAGGGUCAACAAUUUUGACCAAAAGAAAAUGAGUCCCACCAGGCUGAAGGUUUUCCAGGACAGUUUUCCAGAACAUUCUAAAGCAUUAGUGGAUAAAUGGUUCAACCUCCUGGGACACAAAACAGAUCUCAUGAAACCAGAGAUUAAAAAAGAAAUGGAGGACUGGAUCAAUGCUAAAAAAUAUGAAGAUCAAAAUGAUCCCUUCAGGAACCAAGUCAUCAGCACCCUUCAAAGUGUAUCGAAACCUGGCAAUGUGACUGAUUGAACUGAAGAAGUAAAAUGAAAACUACAGAGAUCUUCCAGCUCCAGGUUCAUCAUCAAGAGACCUCUCUGAAGAUGUAUCAUGAGAAUCACUUUUCCUUUGGUUUAAUUCAAAAUAACUUUUUACUAUCCAGGGGGCUCAUUACAGAAACAAUCCUAACUGCUUGUCCUGUCUCAUCUCAAAAGUGAAAGAAAGGAAAUAUAAAGAUUAUUCUACUUUACCUUUGAAUUCCAUAAUGGAAAUUGGACAUUGAUGGAUUGGCAAACUAUUAUAGAAACUGUAAUUACUAUUAUAAUUGUUAGCAUGCCUAUUUUACAACAGUUGCCCUUGGCCACAUUAUUCUGUGGUAGUGAGUCGUAAACACCCCACUUAAAUGUACAACAUUACUGUCCAUUUGUCCUGGUGUACCUGGAAAUCUGACAGGUCUGUGCUGUUUUAUAGUGAAGACUCACAAUGUUUGAUUUUAGCUUCUUGGAUGCUUCAGUGAAGUCUGAAUCCUGACUAUAGGUAAAACAAUCUAAAGUUAGAAAACCUCAGUCUGUAAUGGGAAAAGAUUUAGGAUGUGUCUUUAAUGAGGACCCCUGGUUUGUUUGUUUUUACAGUACAAAUCUUUUUUUCACUGUUUUAAAGAACAUCAAAAAGAAGAAAAGUUUAAAUAUCAAUGUUGGACUAUAAAUUAUUCCUGAUAUGGUUUUGUUAUUGAAAUGCCAUACAUAUUUCCUCCUGUGUGCUGAACUGCUUCAUUAAUUUGAUUGUUUUUUAAUAAGAAAUAUCUUCAUGUGCAGGACUGUGUCCUCAUGGUUCAUUCCAUUAAUGGGAAACACUUUUACUGUUAGACAUAGCUUUUAUAUUGAUGCUCUCAUCCAGAGCAAUUGAUAAACAAAAGUGUUGAUUUUCAUUAAAUAUCAUCUCAGGAUAUCAUUUAAGAUCACAUAGAUAACAGUGAAGAGAAUGCUCUUCUUUUUAUUUUCCUCUUUCUGUUCUCGUCAUUUCUUCCUCAGAAUAUUUUGUCUUUCAUUAUCUUCUCAUAGUGUGCUGAUUGUGGUAGCCUCAACAAAUAGAAAAAAUUAAUCAACCAUAUGUAUCAAUUAAUGGAGCGAGCUAGCGACUAGCUAACUUUUGCUAACUUUCAAUUCUUAUUAUACAAGCAAAGACCUUUUUAUUAGUGUGAGCACCUGCAGGCCAACCCGUUCUCACUCCCAUGUCGUCACAUAUGGACGCAUGGUCAAGAGCCAUAGUUGUCAGUCUGUGACACACUGGGGAUCCCUUUACCGUCACAGUUCAACACAGUGGGGGGAGCGGGAGCCCUGUAGCGUCAGUUUGUGACAGUAAGGCAGGUAUAUGAUGUUUAACAGAACAGACAGAGUAAGGAGGUGGUUGCUGUGGAUGGAGGGCCAGAGCCCGGACUUUGAAACAGAAAGUCAACAUUAAAUAUUUUUAUUUCGGCAAAUUACGUAAAUUGACCGUGGAGCCCUAAACGUCAAUAACUCUAAAGGGCCUUGACAAAGCGUCAAUAUGUGACAAUUCAUGUUGUGCAGGCAGGUGCAGAGAAAAAGUGAGAAACUGUACGUAACUGGGAAUAAUGCUGGGGAAUUAUGUAAAAUAGGAAAUGAUGUCAUGUAGGGAAAUGAUUGUGGGAAAUAUUAGAGGAUAAAGCUUGAGAUGUGCCUCAGACAUGGAUGAUUAGUUGCUGAGCUGCUGAUUGGAUGAAGAGAAUAGAGGCGGGGCUCAGAGAGGGUGAAACAGAGCUGAUCAAAUCCCAGACACAGUUUGGAUGGCAGGAAUGCUCUUAACAAAGAUCCGUUCACUUGGUGAAUUCUUCCACCAUAAAGUGAUCUUGCUACCUUCAGAUCCACCAGGUUGCAUCCAGUUCUCAUUUUCCUAAAUCCUGUUUGUCUCUGAGCCCCUGCUCUGUGUCUACAGCAGCUCAUGCUUUGUCUUACAGAUGCUGUCAAA